GACACCAACCGCUCCGUCAACGCUUACAUGACUGACUACUUCAUUGGUGGCUUGGAAGUGAGUGACACGAUGGAGUUGAAUUCAGCUAGUGCUAACCCCGAGGCCGAUACGAGCCGCGUGGGAAUGUUGGACUGCGGAGCCACAGCCUCCGCUGCUCCAGAAGCGGUGGUCCAAGGAUUGAUCUCGGCAGUCCUUUCCAAGGACAAGACUGCACGCAUCGAACUGGACCAGUCGGCGCGGCCAUACUUUCGUUUCGGGAACGGUCGUUGGGGCAGGGCAGUUUGUAGAACCCACAUCCACAGCAACGUCUCAGGAAAUCCCUUGCAGUUCUCCUUGUACACCCUUCCAAACCCAGCAGAGUACUAUGAGUCGCAUUAUGCCUCCACUUCGUUGGUUCCUGUUCUGAUUGGCAUGGACUUCUUAGGAAAGGCUGGUGUGGGCAUGAUGAUAGACUUUGCAACCGGCCUGGCUAUGAUGACCAAGGAGCCUCAACCUCGCAUCUUUCAGCUUGAAGCCAAUCGGAAAGGUCACUACACCCUGGACAUUGUUCAGUACCUAACCAAAGGUCAGACAUGCCAUGAAGGUCAAGCUCACGUGAUAACGGCCCCGACGAUCGACCCGGAGGCCGAGGAGAUCCUCGCAGCAGCUUUGAAAGCCAAGACGGCCAAGGCCAAACCCAAGAGUCGACCAAGAUCCUUCGAUCCUGCUCGGAGGGUCAAGGCGGAUCCGAGGGAUCCACGUACCAAAGCCACCCAGUGGCCAUGCUACAACAAGCAGACACCGGGCACGCCGCAGUCGAACGCCUGGGGGCAAUGGGUGAAGUGCCAAUGCUGCAACCUCAGGAUGCUCUACACGCCCCGCAAGGGAGCGCCGGCCAACUCCACGGAGAGCCUCAACCACCCGACCGUGAAGAAGAUGCUGGACGACUUGCAUGAAGAGUUCCUUCAGAUGAUGGAUGAGAACACUGCACCAAGUGUUUUGGAUGAGUUUCAAGAUGACCACCUCCUAUCGGAGACCGACCUGGAAGUGUUUUCUCUGAUGUCGAACUCUUCAGAGGCCAUGGCCCGAGAAGCACGAGCUGCCAAGGACUACAGCUAUCAGACCAUGGAGAAUGUUUUGAUGGAGGUGCACCGCAAUCUGCAGCCCCUUGCCUCCAACAACCGUCGUUGGGGCAACUCCGACACCACAAGGCUUCUUCUGGGUGGUUACUCCCAUGGUGCGUUUGCUGGGUUGACCAAAAAUACUCAACGACAUCAAGAACUCACGCACUAUAUCAACGACUACCUGGCGCACCAUGCACCUCACCAUGCCUGGACGAGCCUCAUGAUUUCCUUCAACUGUGGAACGACUGUACAUCAGGACCACCACAACCUCACGGGCUCUCAAAAUGUUCUUCAUUGUCUAGGCAACUUUGAGCAUGGAGGCCUGUGGCUACAAGGCACACCACCUGAUGGCUUUGAAGUCACCCGACGGCGACUGAUGGACGGCAACUACAGCAACGGCUAUGUGGUGAAUGCUCGCUACAGGUUUGUGACCUUUGAUCCAAAGAUUCCGCACGCUACGCAAGCAUGGCGUGGAUUCCGCAUCGCUAUCAGCUCCUACACCACAAGGCUUCUGCCUCAGAUGACAAGGGAGGACAGGGCCCAGCUUCGACGACAUGGUUUCCGACUGACGUCCUCUACUACGACCUUCUCGAUGAAUCAAGCUGUGAUGAUGCCAGUGGAGGCGAGCCCACUGGGAGGACAAGAUGACGAUCAGUCUGUCUCGAAUGAG